AUGCUUAGACAGAGAGUGCAGAUGCAGGAGAGGAGACACCACCUGAGGAGGGCUUGUAUUGUAAUGAUUAUUAUUGUUCGCGGAACUACCCGGGCUCAAUGGGAGGAUGUGACGGGGUCGACGCCACUGACGUUUGUCAACGACUGCGUCUCGUUCACGACCACAGUGUCGGCCCGUUUCUGGCUCAUCGACUGCCGCCAAGUGAACGAAGCGACCAAAUUCGCCACUGAGUUGUAUCAGGAGGCCAUUCACGUGCCCUUUAUGUCAAAGUUUGUGGUGUUCGCCAAACGCCACGACCCCUCCGAGGCGCAGCUCCGAGUCUUCUGCAUGACUGAUGAUAAGGAGGAGAAGACGCUGGAAAAUCAGGAACACUUUACCGAAGUGGCCAAAUCGCGCGACGUGGAGGUGCUCGAGAACAAGGCACAGUUCCUGGAGUUCGCCGGCAACCUAAUACCGGUGACAAAGUCCGGCGAACAGCUGAGCCUCACGUUCCGGGCGUUCCGCGAGAAUCGGUUGCCGUUUGUGAUGCGCGUCAAAGACCCCAAUCAGGACCCGUUGGGACGGAUAGCCUUUAUGCGCGAGAAUAAGCGCAUCCGCGGCUCAGAGGCCACACAACAACCCAUUUGUAACCUAAACAUCGAAUUGCCGGACAUUUGCCGCGAGGACGCGUCGCCCAACGAUUUCGAUGGCAUCGAAAAGCAAUACGAUUUGUCCGCUCCUGGCCUUAAGCUAAGCACUGGCGGUGUCGACCAAAACGGGUUCGACGCGCUUAAGGAUGAUUUGGGUCGUUCUCGGACCACAUCACGGGGUACUUCUCUCGGUCGAGAAGUCUCGAUAGAUGUGUCGUACGACGAACAGGACAUCAUGAAGGAGGCGGAAUCUGCAGAAGAGAGUGGCAGUGAAGGCGGAGUCAAAGAUCACUCGCUAUCUGCGGACAGGGGUCGCAGUCGUACGGCCAGCGAAGUGGACGAACUGAAGCGCGUGGAGGAGUCGUCGGAGAGAGAGGCGGCCGCACAGAAGUUCCUGGAGUUCCUCGAAGAGCAGGACAGAGAGGACUCGGAAGAGAGGGCUAAGAAUAGGGGCGAAGACUCGAACCUCCCGUCGGAACUGUUUGUAGUGAAAGAAGAAAUGAUGAUUCCGUUAGAGAGCUCCUCCUAUAGAGACGAACCGACGGAAAUCAGAACCACCGAAACGACGAGCAUUCUUGACGACGGAACCAUUAAACACACGAUCACUGCUGUCACGAAGACAACUGUUGUCCAAACCCAGGAUGGGGACGAAGGCCUUAAUGUGGAUCCUCAGCGACAGCUGCUGGAGAGCGAGACCUGGCACUCAGAGCAGGACACGAGUCAGGUCUCGGUGUCGAGUCUGCCGGAGGACGAGAAGUCGGAGCCCUCGACGGCCACUGUGUCGAGCACUACGACCACAAACACCGGCGAUAAUAUUGCUUCCGCUUUAGUCACCACAUCUGUUGAAGACGAACCGCAUUUCGAUGCUAUUGUCGAACAAAAAGAGUGGACUGAAGAGGACGGAAGCGGUUGUGUUCAGCAUAUUAUAGAGCAGACGUCGACCAUAAUCACCGACGAAAGAGACCCCAAAUACGUCUAA